AUGUCCUUACUCAAUAGCCAUGCUGAGAUUUGUUCCCAGAGCCCUCCAAAUAUCCGCCUCAGGGCUGGUUUUGAGGAAGUGUAUUACGAAAUGGGAACAUAUCUAGGGGAUAGAGAGGUAGUUUGUGUGCCCAUCAGACCCACGAUAUCAAAACUCCACGAUAUCAAAACUCCAGGAGCGGAGAAGACACUGGCGGCUCCUGGUGACAGCUUUGGAAAGGCAGCAAAGCAGCCUGUUCAAGACCUCCAAUUACUUUUUUUCCUCAUCUUCCCGCCCCCCACCCCCACCCCGCCACAGAUCUGGGAUCUAGAGACGGACAGCUGCUUGUUCACUGCAUCCUCCAAAGCCAGCGGUAUUAAGGGGGACUUCGCAGCCUGCCUCUACCUCCCUGAAUCCAGAUCGCUGUGUGUGGCCACUAACACGGUGGCACUCCUACACCUGAGACUGAGAUCUCCGUCGGAGCCGUGCCUGGUAGUCUCCCACCAAGAGCCUGUGCCGUGCUGCCGCUACAACCCGGCCUUCAGGCAGGUGGUCAGCUGCUCUGAAGCAUCUGUGGUAAAAGUGUGGGACUUCGAAACAGGAAGGCUGUUGUCUGGAUUUACUGGAGCUCAUGGCAAUGCUGGAAUCACAUGUCUGACCUUCGACACCAGUGGAAGAAGGCUAAUCACCGGGGGCAGAGAUGGCUGUCUGAAAAUAUGGAGCUACAACAACGGACAUUGUCUGCACACACUGAAACAGGAUGAAAAGCAAAGUGAAGUCUGUGAUUGCACCUACGUGGAGGUGAACCAAAAUAAGUGUAUCAUAGCUGUUGGAUGGGACAGAAGAAUAAAUGUAUAUUUUGAUGCACCACGUGACUUUCAUCACUUCUGGAAGCCCCAGCCACACUGGCAGGAUGACCUGAACCACGGGCACAAGGAGGACAUCCUGUGUGUGGCUCAGUGCCCACCUUUUCUUCUUGCCACCUCCAGUUACGAUGGGGAGGUCAUCAUUUGGAAUGUCAUCUCAGGCCACAUACACUGCAAGUUGAACACUCCCCCCUGCUCUGAUGAUGCAGAAGAUGGAAAGGGCUCAGACCGGUGUGUUUCCUGCCUCACCUUCCUGAAGUCUCGGGCUGCCAAGUUUGAAUCAGCGGCUGCUUCCCUCAUCACCAAUGGGCCUGGAGGUUCUGUUACCUUCUGGAAGCUGUUUGGUGGGGCCUGUCCCAUUGCAAACUUCACUCCCUCCAGGGACAAAGCGCAGGUCAGCAGCAUCACGGUGACAGCAGGAGAUGCCCUUGCCUACGUGGCUGACCAGGAAGGGUUUGUGCACGUCUAUGACAUCAAAGAGUACGGCCUGCAGGGACCUGAGCUGCAGUCCCCCAAGAAUGUGACAUUCUGGCGGGCCCAUGUCAGUGUGGUGACAUCUCUGGAGCUGAUAGAAGAAAAAUUUCUGCUGUCAUCCUCCCUUGACCACACUGUGCGCCUGUGGAGUGCGGACGGGAAGUACAUAGGAACCUUUGGGCAACAAAGCCCCUGGGAUAUUUUCACUCCUGCCUCCUGGAGCCACCCUAGAGUGCCCUGUGAAAUUUUGACAGAUCCCCAGAGCACACCUGCUCACCCAGUGCUGGGAGGGGAUGUGGCUGUUCUGCACACAAAGGAGGAGGAACAAGACAAGGUGGUGGAGGAAAAGGCUAAGCCUGAAAUGACCCCUAAUCCUCGCUUUCCAGAAGACCCCAUCCCUGAAGUUGAAAUGAAAGAAGACAUAGAUCAAUGGCUGCCGCUGGACUGGAACCCGCCUUCCAGGAGAACAUGUGGGCUGGGGUGGCCGAGCAUCUACCAGACCCUCCGGUGCCACGAGGUCGCCUGCGUGUCCGCUGUCGGGGAGAAGCCAGACUUGUCUAUUAUUGGCUCGGAUUUGUUUAACGUAAAUUUCCUCGCGAAGGAACAAGAAGGAGGUGAGGCUGCCCAGGAGCACUGAUCACACAGCAGUUUCCCUGUCUGCGCUCUGAAGGCACCAGGUUGCUAUUUUCUUGGCAAGUUCUUCUUUCCCAGUUAACCUAGAUGUCUGAGCGAGAGCCCACGUUGCCCAUCAGGGGCCAGGAAGAAAGACCGAGGAGUGAUUUCGGCCAGUGUGGGCUUCCUCCCAAAGCAAUUAGAGCUUGAAUUGAAGCAAACGAGUCAGAUUCGAGGUGUUCCUUCCUUGGAAGCCAAGAUUUCAUUGAGGGAAGCCAGCGCAGAGCCAACGGGCUGCAGCUCCAACACACCGCAGAUAUCACCAACCACCGCCAUCCGCCGGUGGGAUGGGGCAGCGGACAGGAAAGGGAGGCUGCUGGGAAAAAACCGACAGUUUCGAAAAGUUUGUCUUAUACCAGGCAAGCCACGGUUAAUCGCUGGAAUGUAUUAUCUCCUUUAUUCCUA